CCUAAUCAUUUAUCCCUACCUGGUCUUCCUACAAUUAUUAAUCUAUUACAUUAAAUUUAUUUAUAUUCCAUUAAGUCUUAUAAUAUUGUGUAUGUAAAAGUAUAUAUUUACAUAAAUAUAAUGUUAGUGAAAUGGUAGUUAAGUUUUGGGUGCGCUAGUACCAUUAUGGUGUAAAAUGGUCCACAUAUGCCUGAUUGGGUUAGACUUUGGGUUGAUGGUCAAGGAUAACUUUGGGAUGAGCUGCGCCCUCAGAAAUUGAAGCUGAAAUAGUCAAGAGUUCCCGAAAUGGGGUCAGACGAAGAAAAUGAGCGUCUCUCGCAUCCCAGCUUUUGGGAUCAGCGUUAUGCCCAAGCCGAAGGAGACCGACCAACUCAUGAGUGGUUUAGGAAUUUCGUCGAACUCGAGGCUUUUCUUGAUCGGAGACUCUUUCAAACACGUAGUCCCAACACAAACCCACGAAUUUUACACUUAGGGUCCGGAGAUAGUGACGUGCCAGUGGGGUUGUGGGAAAGGGGGUACAAGAACCAACUCUGUGUCGACUUUUCGACAGUCGUCGUAGAUCUCAUGUCUAAAAGACACUCCAGUAUGGAGGGUAUCGAAUGGAAGCAUGGUGAUGUCCGCCACUUGGAUGACAUCCCUGAAAAGUCGAUAGAUGUCGCCUUUGAUAAGGGAACCUUGGAUGCGAUGAUCCAUGGUAGUCCCUGGAGUCCACCAGACGAUGUUAAACAGAAUACCGGUCAAUACAUCCGCGAGGUAAAUCGAGUCCUCAAAAAUGAUGGGGCGUUCCUUUACGUGACAUACCGACAACCGCAUUUCGUAAGACCUCUACUAAAUUGCGAUGGAACUAGCUGGGAAAUCGAGAUGGAGGUUCUCGGCGAUGGUUCUGGUUUCGGCUAUCACGGUUUUAUCUUGACAAAGACGAAACCUUGAAGCGAAUCUCAUCAAUUUUCUAAGUUCUACGAAAUGCAACCAAGGCUCAAAGUCACUGCGCAAUUACAGUAGUCACACACCCAAAUAUUCAAGAGAAUAUACCAAGGAUGAUGGUUUUUCCUCAACAAAUUACACCUGUCUCAAAUUACGACGGGACAGUGGUAUGUGUUAGUUCAUUCAGAUACCACGCAGUUAUCACUUUGAAGUACACAACAAUUCCAU